AUGCCAGCUCCAUUCGAAAAAGGAAGUGAAAAAAAAGGUGCCAAUUUAUUCAAAACUAGAUGUUUACAAUGUCACACUGUUGAAAAAGGUGGUCCACACAAAGUUGGUCCAAAUUUGCAUGGUAUUUUCGGUAGAAAAUCAGGUUUAGCUGAAGGUUACUCUUAUACUGAUGCUAACAAGAAAAAAGGUGUUGAAUGGUCAGAACAAACUUUAUCUGAUUACUUAGAAAACCCAAAGAAAUAUAUCCCAGGUACCAAAAUGGCUUUCGGUGGUUUAAAGAAACCAAAGGACAGAAACGAUUUAGUUACUUACUUAGCUAACGCUACCAAAUAA